UUGAGAUCUACUUCCCUGGCCAGGUAUGUCACCUGAAUUCUCUGGCGGUACUUCGCGCAGACAGAGUGGGACUGAGCUCUAACUCUCUGGAUAGUGCGUCGACCAGAAAGAAUUGGAGAAAUUCGAUGGCGUCAGCGAGGGGAAGUACACCAUUGGUCUGGGACAGACCAAGAUGAGCUUCUGCGAUGACCGGGAAGACAUCUACUCCAUGUCCCUCACCACCCUCUCCUCCCUCCUCCGCAAGUACAACAUCGACCCCAAGUCCAUUGGCCGCCUGGAGGUUGGUACCGAGACUCUGCUCGACAAGUCCAAGUCCGUCAAGUCGGUCUUGAUGCAGCUGUUCGAGCCUUCCGGUAACACCAAUAUUGAGGGAGUCGACACCGUGAACGCUUGCUACGGUGGCACCAACGCCGUCUUCAACAGCAUCAACUGGGUUGAGUCCUCUGCGUGGGAUGGUCGUGACGCCAUUGUGGUCUGCGGUGAUAUUGCCCUGUACGCCAAGGGCGCUGCUCGUCCCACCGGUGGUGCGGGCUGCGUGGCCAUGCUCAUCGGCCCCGAUGCUCCCAUCGUUUUCGAGCCUGGUCUGCGUGGAUCCUACAUCAGCCACGCGUACGACUUCUACAAGCCCGACCUGACGAGCGAGUACCCCGUCGUCGACGGCCACUUCUCCAUCAAGUGCUACACCCAGGCUGUGGAUGCCUGCUACAAGGCCUACAACGCCCGCGAGCAGACCCUGAAGGCCAAGAACGGCACCAACGGUGUCGAGCACGACGACAGCAAGACUCCUCUGGACCGUUUUGACCAUGUUGUCUUCCACUCCCCCACCUGCAAGCUGGUCUCCAAGUCCUACGCGCGGAUGCUCUACAACGACUACCUGGCCAACCCCUCCCACCCGGCCUUUGCGGACGUUGCGCCCGAGCUGCGCGACAUCGACUACGAGAAGUCGCUCUCCGAUAAGAAUGUCGAGAAGACCUUCGUCGGUUUGGCUAAGAAGCGCUUCAACGAGCGUGUCCAGCCCACCACCGAGGUGGCGACCAUGUGCGGUAAUAUGUACACCGCCAGUGUCUACGGCGGUCUGGUCAGCCUUCUGAGCAACGUGAAGUUCGACCCCAGCCAGCCGAAGCGCAUUGCAUUCUUCAGUUACGGCAGUGGUCUGGCUAGUUCUAUGUUCAGCGCGAAGAUCGUCGGCGACAUCUCGACGAUCGCCCAGAAGCUGGAUCUGCACAACCGCCUGAACAGCCGGAGAACGGUGCCUCCUCAGACUUACGACGAUAUGUGCCUUCUCCGUGAGCAUGCUCACCUGAAGAAGAACUUCAAGCCGGCUGGCAACAUCGAGACCAUCCCCUCAGGCACCUACUACCUGACCGAAGUGGACGACAUGUUCCGACGGAAGUAUGAGAUCAAGGCGUGAACGAGAUAAACGUCCCGCGAGACAAGGUUGCGGUUUUUACGAAAAAGGGAAAAUAACCCGCUCUUCUCACUUCUCUUUUUCUUCGUUGGUCUUUUCCAUAUUCCCCCUUGUCGCGACAUGGAUAUCGUUCCUUUUUACGAUCAUCUCUGCGAUGGCCCGGGGUUGGACGUGCGAGCGAGAGCUGCACCGAGAUGUGCAGCCAUAGACGUUGCUUGCAAGAACAGGCGGAUCCUCGGUGGAAGAGGGCUGCCAGUCGAAUAAUCUAAUCGAGUAGACACUUGAAUAGAGUGGGUGUCGAUGCACAUAGGACUUUCAUUUUCCCCGGUCAGAUAUGAAUUUAUAAUAGUUUAGAUAGAGAAACCGCCAUUUGUCUCUUGAGUAA